AUCCUCAUACCAAGUAAUCGCAAAAGGAAAUUUAUAACUUCAGGUGUAGAGUUCACCCAUUAUCUAUCGGAAUCUGGUAAGAUAUUAAUAAAACAUGGCCAAUCCACGUCAAGACAUUAUUGACGUCCUACACGAAGCCCAAGUGGACUUUCCACCAUCUGCUACCACGGCCCAGCUACGUAAUUUAUUGCGAAAUGUGGUGGGCGGACAUAGCAGUGCUGCUAGUGGAAUGUCUUCCAAUGCCGAUUGUGGUGUACCCGAUGAUGUUGAUACUAUUACUAAUGCCGAUGCCGAUGCCGUCCCCAAUGCCGCUACUGACGUCGAUGAUUGUGCCGCUGAUAUGAACAUACGGGCCACUGCCGUGCCUAUAACUACUGCCGAUGCUGUGUAUGGUGCUGAUGCCGUUCCCCCUGCCGUUACCGUCUCUUCUGUCGUUGCCGCUGCCGCUAUUACUGAUGUCGUCACUGCCUCUUCUGCCGCCAUUACUGAUGUCGUUACUGCCUCUUCUGCCGCUGCCAGCACCGCUCCCAAUGCCGUUCCCAGGCUCGCAGAUUUAGACCGGGAGGUGCUAGCACUGAAAAAGAGACUGGAGAUGCUGAAAUUAAUGCAGCAAAUUGAAGAAUUGGAAAAUCGGUCAGCGACGAAAUGCCAUCGAAAGCUUGAUUUUGGUGAUAUCGAGCAUGCCUUGCCGAAAUUUAAUGGUGAUGACGUAGCCUAUCCGGUUGAACAUUUUAUAAGAGACUUUGAAGAGAUUAUGCAGUCGACGGGAGCGGAUGAGAAUUUUAAAUUGCUGGCACUCCGUCGCUCCUUAACCGGAACUGCGCGCGUGUUCCUCUCGACCACGACGGCGUUGAAUUACUGUGCACUUAAGGGGGCUUUAAUGAAAGAGUUCAAUUUUGCGGUAACCAGGCAAGAGAUCUACAAAAUGCUGUCGCAGAGACGGUGGCGAAAGAAAGACGAAUCAAUGCAUUGCUAUGUUCUUUCAAUGCAGGCUAUCGCAAAGCGAGCAAACAUUGCGGAGCAGGAGGUGGUCGAUUUUAUAAUCGAUGGUAUUGGGAACAGUGUUCCAAAUUCGCACUUACUUCUAUCGGCGCAAAAUACAGAUGAACUUAAGGCUAUCAUCAGCCGCUACCAAAAUAAAUAUUUCGCUACAAAGACUAUAGACCAGAAGCCGCCGACUGCCGUGAAGCAGAAGACAGAGCAGAAACAACUUUGUUACAACUGCUCGCAAACUGGGCACAUAAAACCGAACUGUCCAUUUCCACUAAGGCCGGACGGGUCAUGCUUUAAAUGCUGGAGGAUGGGGCACGAUCAUCGAGCUUGUCCCAACCCGAGGAAAAUUCUCAAACGCAAAGAUGAUGUAGCUGCUGUAGUGGAGUACAGUGACGAUGCCGAGAUCGUUGGAGAGCACAAUUAUUCCGGUCAGUUUUAUUAGAUUUUCGGACGUCCCAAAAGAACUGAGUAUGAAAGUAAUGAAGAGAACUGCCUCCACAUUUAAGGGAAUCGGUGG